AUGGCUCAAGGUAAGCGAGCCGUCCAAGAGCGUUUAUACAGUCCUCGAGCGUUGCUGACAUGCCCAGCGCCCAACAAAGCCCAAGAACGGCUUUCCCAAGUCUCGUCACACCUCGGCGGGUCGCCUGAGUCCGAUUCCAAAUCUUCCAUCCUAAACAAAUCACCCGACGACGUCGUAGUGACAUGCGCUCUGCGGACGCCCUUCACCAAAGGCGGCAAAGGGCUCUUCAAGGACACGGCGGCGGCGGACCUACUCGCUCUGACGCUGAAGAACCUCCUUGAACGGUCACGCAUCGACCCGAACCUGGUGGAGGACAUUGCCACGGGCUGCGUACUCGCGCCCGGCGGCGGCGCGACGGAAUACCGAGCGGCAGCACUGGCGGCCGGGUUCCCCGUGACGACGGCGGUCAAGAGUCUGAACAGACAAUGCUCCAGCGGCCUGCAGGCGUGCGUGGACAUUGCCAACGCGAUCAAGGCGGGCAUGAUCGACAUCGGCAUCGGGUCUGGGGUCGAGAGCAUGUCGUCACAGUACGGGCCUGGCGCGGUCACGGAGUUCUCGGAUCUCUUGGAAAACCACCUCGAAGCGGCCAACUGCAAGGUCCCCAUGGGCGUUUUGUCGGAGCAAAUGGCCAAGGACCGACACAUUUCUCGGGCGGACCAAGACGCCUUUGCGGCCAGUUCGUAUCAAAAGGCCCUGAAGGCGCAGCAGGCUGGCCUGUUCGACGAGGAAAUCGCCCCCGUAACGGUUCAGUACACGGACCCCAAGACCGGCGAGGACAAGACGGUGACGGUGAGCAAAGACGACGGCGUCCGACCGGGCAUCACGGCCGAGUCACUGGGCAAGAUCCGCGCGGCGUUUGCCAAAGACGGCUCGAUCCACGCGGGCAACGCGUCACAGGUGUCGGACGGCGCGGCCGCAGUGUUGUUGAUGAAGCGCAGCACCGCCGAGCGCCUGGGCCAGCCGGUGCUGGGCAAGUUCGUUGCGGCUUCCGUCGUCGGCGUCCCGCCCUUGCUGAUGGGCAUCGGCCCGUGGAAAGCCAUCCCCGUGGCGCUCGGCAAGGCUGGCGUGUCCAAAGACGACGUCGACAUCUACGAGAUCAACGAGGCUUUUGCCAGCCAGGCUGUCUGGUGCGUCAAGGAACUCGGCCUGCCGCUGGAAAAGGUCAACCCCAAGGGUGGCGCCAUUGCUUUCGGCCAUCCGCUGGGCUGCACCGGCGCCAGGCAGGUCAGUACGCUGUUCACCGAGCUCAAGCGGACGGGCAAGAAGAUUGGUGUCACGAGUAUGUGUGUGGGAACAGGAAUGUAA